AUGACCCUGUCGAGGCUCCAAUGGAUAGCGGACAUCCGGGGUGUUUUUCCGCCUGAACAGUGUGGGUUCCGCACGCACCGCUCCACGGCCGACUGCCUUGCCGCCGUUGUGGGCACGCUGGAGCAGGCAAGUCGCGACGGCCACGCCGCGUUCCUGCUGCUCUUAGACGUCCAGAGCGCGUUCGACUCCCUGCCCCACGACACCAUCAUCUCGGCUGUGCGCGCUCUUGGUGUGGGGGGCCGGCUCCUGGCGUACGUGCGGGCCUUCCUAACAGACAGGUCGUCCGUUGUUCGGGUUGGGCGUGCGACCAGCUCGCCCCGUUCAGUGACUUGUGGUGUGCCUCAGGGGAGUGUGUUGAGCCCCUUUCUGUUCAACCUUGCACUCGCGCCCAUCAGCGAGUGCGUGCGCAGCAGUGGGCACCUCCCUGUGCGUACCGUGGUUUACGCGGACGACGUGGCGCUCUUCGUCCGUGGCCCGCCGGCAACGAUGGCACAGAUGCGUCUGCAGCUCCAGGCGGCGGCGGAUGCGGUCGGCGACUUCCUGCGGGCUAUUGGCCUGCGCUUGUCGGCGGCAAAGUCGGAGGCCAUCAUGGUCUACCCACGCGCUGCUGCCCGGCGCCACACUGGCUGCGUGGUCGUCGACGGUGUUCCUCUUCCCUGGCGGCUGACGGUGCGCUACCUCGGGCGCACCAUCGACCAUCGCCUGACAUGGCUCCCCGCCGUGAAGUGGCUUCGCGCAGCCAUGCGCCAAGUUGAGGGCGCGCGCCUCUCCCAUGCCCCCGGUGCCGGCCCCAUGCUGUCAUAUCUGCGCGAGCUGCCCAAGUCGCGUGUGGGGAUGCUCCUCGAGCUCUUCGACAGCCUGGUGGUCGACGCCCCGGCCUCCCCUGCUGCCUGGCCGCCACCAAACCAGCGUGUGCCGUUGCGAGUGUGCCUCGACCUGCCGGGCAUCCGCUCCAAGCACCGCACGCCUCGUUGCGCUGUGGUGCAGGAGGCUGCUGCACGGAUACACGACGACCUGCUGCUGCUCGACGAGCGCGCGCCGCCACUGGCACAGCGCGUUGCCUGCAGGCUGCAUGCUCUACAGCGACAGGGGUGCGACCUGUGCCUCCAGUGGAUACCGUCGCACGUCGGUGUCGCCGGGAACGAGGCAGCUGAUGACCUGGCAAGGCGCGCCCACGAUCCCCUAUCCGCGCUGUGGACGCGAGCCAACUCGUUCGACGUGGCGCGGCUUCAUUUCAAAAGGGAGCUCGCGCUGCGCCACCCCGACAGCCGCGUCGCGCGCGGUCGCCCGCCACGCCUGCUUCCGGAAUCCGGCUUCACGAGGAGAGAGCGAGCCUUCCUCCUCGCACUCCGGACCGGUUCCGUCUGGCCCGCCGAGCGCAAGCACCGCCUCCGCGGAGCCUCCUCGCCCCUCUGCCAGGACUGCGGUGCUGUCGAGACGCUGCAGCAUCUGAUGUGCGAGUGCAGUGCUUCGUCGACGGCGCGCGCUACUCUUGCCCGCGUUUACCGCGCGCAGAACCUCCCCUGCUUGACGGUGGAGGACGUCUUCCACCCCUCGGGCUGCACAUCGAGCCACGGCAAACUCUUCCGCGCACUGCUGAACUUUACCGACGACGUGGGUUUGGUCGACCGCCUGUAG